GACAGGAAGCUCCACUGCGCAUGUGCGAGAAAGCUACGCAAGCGACGUUUCAGGAAAUCUGACGUACAGUACGUCAAUGCGGUAGUAGUGCUCCGUAGAGUUGUCGGUGUAGGUGAACGUUAGAGAGGUCUGUGUACAGACCGGGACGGCCGUUUCAAAACUGACAUUCAGUGGGCCGCAGGGAUUUUCCAGGGAGGCAUAGGAAGGUGAAACAAACAUGGGGAACGCAGAGAGCGGCUGCGGUGGAGGUAGCGGCGACGAGGAAGACGUAGAGACGGAGAGUCCUGGUUUCGCGGAAGACAGCCCGGCCUCUGCGGCCACAGGCGGCGGUGUUGGAGGCACCGGUUCAGGGAGAAGCGGAAGGAUAUCGAAUAACCUACCAGCACCCUCCGGUGGACCACCUAACCCUGGGGUCCUUCUAGAGCAAGUGAAACUGAGAGAAGCGGCAGCUCGUAUCAGCGACUCAGGGGCCGCCAUUCACGAGUCAGUCCUGUCCGGGAAUGAGGGAGUCCUGAUGCGGUGGCUGGAGGACCGGUUAAACCGAGGAGAGGAAUCCGUUAAUGUGGAACAAUUUUGCGAGAUGCUUGAAAGCAGAGAUGCCCCUAGGGAUGAAUGUGAAGAGGCCUUUGGACAGUUCGAUGCAGAGGGGGAUGGAGUGGUGGACGUAGAGAGCAUGCUCCUUGCUCUUAAGAACUCUAAUGGAGCUAAUCUACAAGGAGAGCUGAGUCAUGUGAUAAGACAGCUACAGGCGUGCUCCCUAACGCCAGGCAAGAUGUUUGAAUUGUUUACCUGUUUUGUUGACAUAUUCUCCAAGACCAAAGACCGAUUAGGAGCACAUGCCUCUAAAAUCCUUAAAUUCUUACACAGGAAUCGUAUUCCCAGCAGUGCCAUCCCUUUCCCUAUUUUAGAAGGAUAUAACAGCAUCUGCACAAUGAGGUCCAGUGUGGUCCAGGACUUCCUGGAGUUCCUUUUGCAGAAGGAGAAAGAUUUAGAUAUCCAAUACAGAGCAGAGCUAGACCGAGAUCCAGAUGUAGAUAAAGUCAAAGUGGUCACGCAGUGCUACAGUACAAUAGAGGCAUCGUCCAAUGUUGCUGACAUCUACAAGAUGACAAAUGGUGAAACUGCCUCUUUCUGGCAGUCUGACGGCAGUGCUCGAUCACACUGGAUAAGACUGAAAAUGAAACCAGAUGUGGUUUUAAGGCGAUUGGCCAUUGCUGUGGCCUCCAAUGACCACAGCUAUAUGCCUCAACUGGUCUCCAUAGCUGUGGGGAAAAACCGGCGUUCCCUACAGGAGAUCAGAGACAUCCGCAUCCCAAGCAACGUCACAGGAUACGUAGCUCUUCUAGAGAAUGCCAAUAUCACACACCCCUACAUCCAAAUCAACAUUAAGCGGUGCCUGAGCGAUGGAUGUGACACUCGGAUUCAUGGCUUGAAGACUCUGGGCUAUCAGAUUACCAAGAGUAAAGAGGUGUCUGUUUCGGAUGCUUCAGCCAUCUGGUACCUGUCUCUCCUCACCUCCUUGGUCACAGCAUCCAUGGAGACCAACCCUGUUCUGGCUCAGACUGUCCUUCAGAGCACACAGAAAGCCUUACAGCACAUGCCACCAUUGUCUCUGACACCAUCAUCCACCGACUUCCCCAAGUUCUUCUCUUUGAACAUCCUGGAGGAAGUGGAUGGGUUUCUACUCAGGAUAGCAAAUUGCUGUGUCAGUCCUGUUGCUGAAUUGACCCUCUUAGCAUUCGCUCUGGCCAGAGGCAGUGUGGCAAAAGUGCUCCAGGCUCUGUCCUGCAUCAGUGAUCAUUUAGAGACCGAGUACAAGGCUUCCUCCCUGAUCGUCUCUAUGGCCUCAGUUAGGCUUCGACUGCUCUAUCGUAAUGGAAAACCUCUUCAGCUGCACCUGCAGGCCUGUGAUGUAAAGAGUAAAGAGGAGAAAUCAGGGCCAGAGAACAUGCUCACAGAGUCUUCUACCGGAGAUGGUUUUCUUACAGAAAGUGGCAGGAAGAAAGCCAGCGUGAUCCUGUCAACAGAGGACCAGAGUAACUUCCAGGUCACUCAGAUGAAGAUCAAAGUGCGAAAAGGAGCCAUUGGAGCAAAAUGUGGCUUGGUGUUUGCAUACAAGGAAGAUGACCCUUUUGAUGCUGAGAAACAUUUUAAAAGGUUCAAAAAGUAUGACGUGUGGACACACAAGGACUACAAAGAGUUCGUACAAGACAAUGUGAGGAUUCCAGCCCAGAGCGAGGACGAGCCGAUCGGCUGGUUUGAGCUCGAGGAUGACUGGAACGAUGUGGAGAUCAAGCUGCAGCAGUGUCGUGUUGCAAAGUUCCUGAUGGUGAAAUUCCUCUGCACCAGGCAGGACUCUGCUGAGCGCCUCGGUGUGCAGUCCCUCAGUUUCAGUGGUUACCUGUGUCCUGGGACAGAGAGGCUCGGAGACCUGGAUGACCUCAGUGCACAGGCAGAGACCUUUAAUCACAAUGCUGUCCCUGGCCUUUGUCUUCUAAACAAGACUUUAUUCUUCAUACAGCAGCUUACACAAGACAUGGAUGCCUCUCAUUUCAAGCAGAAAUAUCUUCUGGACUUCAGUGGUCUCAGCUUAAACCUUUUUUGGGACUUUUACAGUAAACUCAGGGUGAUUGAUGGAGAAGAGGUGUUGAAAAGCAGAGUUCUGCUCCUCCAGUUGAUGCAGAAUUGCUUUCCCAUGCUGCCCAACCCAUUGGAGCCUCAGGAAACCGAGGAAGCCAAAGGGCCAAUAGAAGGUGCCUCUGCAGAGGCCGGUCCAUCCACAUCCAGCAGUGAAGAGCCUCUUGGUGACUCUACAAAGGCUGUGUCAGAGCUUUACUGUCACCUCUGCCACCUGGUUGAUGGUGUAGAAGGGGAGACAUUAGUGGAAAAAACCUUGCAUAAAGAAGCAGUCAAAGCCAUUCUCAAUGGAGCAGCUGUUUUCUUUCCUGAUAAACAUGAAAGGCGGGAUAGACUCUUUCACAUGAUGAAAAACAUUACAGAAGAGGAUCAGUCAGAGUCGGUGAAGGUGACAUUUGAGUCUCUUUGUAAUUAUUUCAGUGACCAGGAUCCAAGUGGCCUUCUCCUGCUUCCUCCUAAAGGAGCUCCAGCAGACUUUGACAUCAGCCCAAUACUGUCAGUCAUGGAAACACUUCUACUGGUAGCCACACGAGAGUGCGAGGUCAUUAUGGUGGAUGAAAAUAGUGGAGCAAGCAGAACAGUUCUCCUGUCGUUGUUUUGGGCUUUGCAAGGAAGUCUGCUGUCGUGGUGCUACCUCCAGCUCAAAGGGGGAGCUUCCACAUCUGUUGCAUUGGAGCUGGCAAGAGAAAUCCUCCUUAAAUAUGUGGAUCAGUUCCUGGGAAGCAUCAAAGCUGUACUGAGUUUGCUCCUGCAGAAGUACACCAGUAAUGAAAUUACAGACAAAUUGGGCAGUUCCAUCCUGGCCACCGUCUUCAGACAACUGAUGAUUUUUCUCUUGGAGCUGUGCUCGCUGGAUAUCCCUCACAGUGUGCUGCUGAAGAGCUUCUCCUCUCUGGUUGAUCUUCUUAAAAGCCUUUCAAGUGAUACUGGAGACAUCUUUUCUAAGGUGGAUCAAGAAAGCUGGCAUCAGCCUCAGCAGCCAGUGGUGCUUAGGACGUGGAACAUGGAGUCACCCCACAAUUACGAGAACAGCCGCCACGAAACCACCAUCUUUGCCUGUCCUGGUGCGACCUCGUUCGAGGUGGAAUUCGACGAACGCUGUGAGACAGAGAAAAGGUACGACUAUCUAGAGUUCACUGAUUCUCGAGGCGGGAAAGUGCGCUAUGAUAUGAAGGUUGGAACUGAAAAGUGGCCAAAGAAGGUGACGUUUGAUGCUGGCCCUCAGCUUCAGUUCCUCUUCCACUCUGAUAGCAGCAAUAAUGAGUGGGGUUACAAGUUCUCCGUAACAGCCCUGGGUCUACCUGAUAUCACCCUGUCGUGGAUGUCAGACCUGCAACUGCUGGUGGCUCGCCUGAUGGGUCGCCUUGCCUCCAGAACCCUGGCAUUAAAAUCUCCCUAUGAGAUUCGCACUGUAAAGGAGCUCCCUCCAGGGAAAAUGUCCCAUGUUCAGUCUUCACCUCUUUGGAAACCAAUCCUACGGCACGGGUUGUGUGAAACAAGGGAGACAAAACGACGUAGAACAGUCUCAGAUCAGACCAAAACAUGGACUCAUGACGAGUUAAUGGUCUUCCUAGAGGAUUUUGCUCGUUGGGAUCCUUCCCAAGACCUGACCGACAGUAGAACAGAGCUGAUGAGAAGCCUCAUGCAGUCUUGUCGAAAGCAGCUAAUGAGAAACGAGAUUGCCGCUGGCUCUAAGACGGACCAAGCUGUGAAUGCCAUUUGGGCGGCCAUGGUGUACCACACACCAGCCCUCAUUCAGAGCCUGAAGACCUAUGUUAAUCAAGACUGUAAAUCCUGUCUAAGUGAAGAGUUUCUGCAAGUAUAUUCUCUGGCGGACAGCAUCAGAACAUGGAUGCUGGAAAUGAAGCAGAGAUACCUCGUUGGAAAAAUGAACCUUCCUGAUGAUAAAGAGGGAAGUCACAAUGAGGUUACCAUGGAGACACUUGCCGAGAUGUGCAUUGAGAAGAGCCUCUUGCUGUUUCGAUUUGCUCCUUGUGGAAAAACGUGUCAGGGCAGCGACCCCUCAAAAGCAGCAGAGGGCAGCUUUGUUCCGCUUCUCCGCUCAAGUUCAAUUUCAGAAGGGGACUUCCAGGCAAGCUCCUCUCUUGGCCCUCAGACUGAUGGGCCUCAGGAAAGCAGUGAUGCCGGGACAAAGCCCAGUCAGUCGUCCAGCACUCAAAUCCCGAGUUCGUCUUCAUGCGAUCACAGCAAGCGAGGCCACGAAGGCUCCACAGAGAGUCUCUCGUCCCAGCCAGCAGAGCCAGCCUCACCCUCUACCUUCACUCGUAAAGCUCCAUUUAGUCGGUCACGUCUUCGCCUCCUGUCCUGCCGGUCUAUCGAGGAGCCGCGGAUGACUUCCUCUGUCAAAGAAUGCUACCCCAUACUCAAACACAUCAUCAACUUCAUAAAGGACCAGGCUCUCACUACAGCAAGCGUUUUACACACCCUAGCUCUGAGCAAGGCACAGGCUCUGAGUGUGUGCAAGGUUCUGGAGAUGGUGCAGCAGUGUUUACGUUCCCUGGGACAGCCUCAUCUCUUCCAAGCCCCCUGCAUCCUAUUCCUACAAGAGCUGCUGGCAUGUCAGAAGGACUUCACCAGUUAUUUCUCUCAGUUGUCGGACAGUGGGCAAAACCUUGGAGAGGAGGUGAGGCUUACCUAUCAUCAGCUGGUGCUCAUGCUGGUGGAGGCCGUACAGGGCUUCAGUAGCCUCAAUGAGAAGGCUCUUCUACCAGCCCUUUCAUGUGUGCAGACCUGCUUGUUGCACCUCCUAGAUAUGAACUGGGAGGUACACGACCUUUCACUCUUCCUGAGCAUCAAGCUUCCUGAUCUCCUGCUCAGCAUGUCCCAGGAGAAUAUCAGUGUUCAUGACAUCGCCAUAAGUCAAUGGACAGAGGAAGACGAAAUUGCAGACUACAAGAAGAACCAGGAAUGGAUGGAUGAGUGCAUGGAUGGCAUGUUUGAGAAGUGGUAUGACAAAAUUGAUGAGGAAGAAUCAACAGAAGACAAGAGAAAGAUGCACAUGUUUAUCGCUCGCUAUUGUGACCUGCUCAACGUGGUGAUCUCCUGUGAUGGCUGCGAGCGGAUGGCACCCUGGCACCGCUACAGAUGUCUGCAGUGCAUGGAUAUGGACCUCUGCAAGACAUGCUUCCUCAGUGGUGCCAAGCCUGAAGGCCAUGAAGAUGAUCAUGAGAUGGUGAACAUGGAAUAUGCUUGUGACCACUGUCAGGGGCUCAUUGUAGGCAGCAGGAUCAACUGUAACGUGUGUGAGGACUUUGACUUGUGCUUUGGCUGCUACAAUGCAAAAAAGUAUCCCGACAGUCAUCUGCCCACUCAUCGGAUCACUGUGUACCCCAUGGUGACCAUACGAAUCAGCGACCGCCACCGCCUCAUCCAGCCUUACAUCCACAACUACUCCUGGCUGCUCUUUGCUGCUUUGGCUCUUUAUACAUCAGAGCUGAGCAGUGAAAGACAUAUGGAAGGAGAGCCAUUGGACAACAAGACUUUGGACCAGGCAUCUGCCUUGCAGACACAUUGCUCCCAACUCAUCACUGAUUGCUUGCUCAAGGGGCAGACUGGGAAAGGACUCCGUUCCUCAGCCUUGAUUGCUCUGCUGUCUUCCAAUGAAUCAGCUUCUGACAGCGAGCUGUGUCCAGUCUCUCCUGAGUCCUCUCAGGACCUCAGUACAGCCACUGACACCUCCUCUAUCCCCGGCAGCACUGCUGCAGUCUGCUCUCCGUUAUCUCCCAGGGACAAAGUGAUUAACCAAGCCGAUACCAAACCAUCAGGUAAAGAGAAAAAGGCUAAAGAAGUUAACUCGCCUGCUGCUGCAGAGGGGUCAUUCCCCCCAGUCUCUGCAGAGGGCGACAAAAAGAAGUUGGUUCCUCAAGACACUCUAGACUCAGCCACUCUCAGCAAGACUCCAUCUGUGUCCAGUGAAGACCCUCUUUCCCCAGUGGUCAGGCCUACUAAUUCUGGACCAGAUGCAGCCCUGUCUCCAGGUUCCGAUAUUGCCAAGGAGACAGAUGAAAGGCUGCCACAGGUUCCCCUGCAGGAGCAUGUGUUUUCAGAAUGCUCCAGAGAGAGGAUCCUGGGUCUUUUAGCUGCAAUGCUCCCACCAGCCAAGCCAGGCAGCACCCUGUCUCUGCCCAGUCUAAGCUCCAUCCUGCCCCAGCUUUUCAGAGCUGUCAUUUCCAAUGCUGGCUCUCUGAACGAGACUUACCACCUCACCCUGGGACUCUUGGGGCAGCUUCUGCUCCGGAUCGCGCCAAUGGAAGCUGAUGCUGCCGUCACAGAGGCUCUGGCAGACAAAUAUGAGCUGCUGGCUCAAGGAGAGGCAGUUUGCUCAGACACCAUGGGGUGGAAGACCACCCAACUCCUUUUCAGCCUCGGGGCAGUCUGUUUAGACAGUCGUAUUGGUCUGGACUGGGCGUGCACUGUAGCAGACAUUUUACACAGUCUGAAUGCUUGUCCUGAGUGGAGCACAGUCAUCGCUGCGUUCACUGACCACUGCGUGCAGCAGCUGCCACAGACUCUGAAACGCACCAACCUCUUCACUCUGCUGGUGCUGGUGGGCUUCCCAGAGGUGCUGUGCGUGGGCACCCAGACCGUGUUCAUCGACAACGCUAACGAACAGCACAACAUGAUCUUGCUCAAGCACUUCACAGAGAAAAACCAUGCUGCUGUGGUGGAUGUAAAGACACGCAAGAGGAAAACAGUGAAGGACUACCAGCUUAUUCAGUCUCAGGAUUCCACCGCAGCCUGUUCCUCAGGGCAGUCUGAGAGCCAGGGCUGCCAGAAGACCCUUCUCAGUCGCUACCUGAGCAAUUUCACCUCAAUUAUCAGCCACUUACUGCAGGCAAGCCAAGAGAAUGGUUCUCCUGAUGCUGUGGAAGCUUCGUGGGUCCUGUCUUUAGCUCUGAAAGGCCUCUACAACACUUUGAAGAAGCAUGGAGUGGAGCAAGCACAGGAGGCCAUCCAGCAGUCAGGACUGACCCAGCUGCUGGUGAGGAAGUGCAGCAAGGGAACCGGCUUCAGCAAGCUGUGGCUACUGAGAGACCUGGAAAUUCUCUCCAUCAUGCUGUACUCCUCCAAACGGGAAAUCCAUUCCAUGGCUCAGGAUCCUGAGAGAGACCAGAGAGAGCAGGAGAAGGAGCACGACUCAGACCACUCCAGUUCCUGUGCUGACGACACUGACGUCAACAAGCCCGACCCCUUAGAAGGUCUCGAUGAAGAGACGAAGAUUUGCUUCCAGAUCACCCAUGAUGCCUUAAAUGCCCCCCUGCCAAUUCUCCGAGCUAUGUAUGAACUGCAGAUGAAGAGGACUGACUCCUUCUUCCUAGAGGUUCAGAAGAGAUUUGAUGGAGAGGAGAUAAAGACAGACGAGACAAUCCGAACGCUGGCUCAGAAAUGGCAACCAUCCAGGAGGCCUCGUUCUGAGGAGAGGAACACCAAGGCAGUGGACACUGACAUGAUAGUGGUGUCUUGCAUGUCCAAACCCAGUCACUGUGAAAAGGCUACAGAAGAAAUUAAUGUGGUCGCUCAAAAGCUGAUCACUAAUUCAGAGAGCGACUUGCAGCUCAGCUAUGCCAAGCAAAGGCGCUCCAAAAGCUCAGCGCUGUUGCACAAAGAACUGGAUGUCCGCAGCAAUCGAGCAGUCCGCCAGUACCUGGUGAAGGUCAACCAGGCCAUCGCCACGCUGUACGCUCGUCAUGUGCUGGCCUCGCUGCUGGCUGAUUGGCCCGCAGAGGCGCCGCUGAGCGAGGAGGCCCUGGAGCUGAACGGGGCGUCGCACAUGGCCUACAUCCUGGACAUGCUGAUGCAGCUGGAGGAGAGACCGCUGUGGGAGAAGAUUCUCCAGAGGGUGUUGAAGGGCUGCAGCCAGUGUAUGCUGUGCAGUCUGUCACUCACUGCCUGCCAAUUCAUGGAAGAACCGGGCAUGGCCGUGCAAGUCAGAGAGUCAAAACAUCCAUAUGACAACAACACAAACUUCGAGGACAAGGUGCACAUCCCAGGGGCCAUCUACCUGUCUGUAAAAUUUGACUCCCGCUGCUACACAGAGGAAGGCUGCGAUGAACUCAUUAUGUCCAGCAGCUGCGAUUUCCUUCAGGAUGUCCACAACUUCAGUGGAUCUCCCCAAAAAUGGUCUGACUUCGAGAUCCCUGGCGAUACCCUUUACUACAGGUUCAUGUCAGACAUGAGCAACACAGAGUGGGGCUACAAGUUCACCGUUACAGGGGGCCACAGGGGGCGUUUCCAGACAGGUUUUGAGAUACUGAAGCAAAUGCUAGCUGACGAUCAAGUGCUCGGUCACCUGCCGCUGGCUGAUAUCUGGGAGUGGCAAGUGGGUGUGGCCUGUCGCCAAACAGGAAGCCAACGACUCAAAGCCAUUCACCUGUUGCUCCGUCUACUGCAGUGCCAGUCCCAGACAGCCUGUGAGCUGACGCUGCUGAGACCUUUGUGGCAGCUCUUUAUCUCCAUGGAAAAUAACCUGAGCCAGGAUCCUACCAGUAUCACUGUGCUGCUGCCUCUCCACAGAGCCCUCACUGAACUCUUCUUUAUUGCAGAGGCCCGUGCCAUGACACAGGGCAUCCUCCAGGAGUACUUGCUGGCUAUGACCACCGACGAGCAGCUCAUCAAUCACACCGCGAUGGCCCUGAAGAACAUCGCAGCCAUCAGCCUGGCCAUCAAUUACCCCAAUAAAUCCACCAAGCUACUCAACAUGUCCCAAUGAGAGGUCCCCAGAUAAAAAGGGGGAGGGCGUCUUGGAGGGGACUCGUCCUGACUCAGCUGGUCGGGUUCAUCAGAGCGUUGAGGAGAGGGGGGGGGCUCCCUCACCAUCCAGUGCUUUCACUCUAACGGGGGCCCUCAGAGUCUGUCUCCACAGCGCGCUGAGAGCUGUGGACGGGGCAUCCACAGAGCACUUUCCACACUUAUUCACAAUCCUUUUUGCCUUAGGUAAAUCCAGUAUAUCAGCAUGUGCUUUCACUGACAAGGAGCAGUUGUUGGGUUUCUUUUUUUGGUUGUUGUUUUGGUUUUUUUUUUUUUUAAUUGAAGAUGCUGUGCUAAAGGAGUGUGCCAAAUUAGCAGUCUUCGAGGGGGAAACGGAUUCCUAUUUUUCUUGCCUUUUCCCCUCCUGUUCAGGAGCCACUCUGAAUUGCGUAGUUGAUCAUGGUGAAAACAGGUCACCUUGGCGACUUUCAUGUCUCAGUAGACAUGUGGAGCUUCCCAAAAAUACUGUCCAGGACAUAGGAGUCUCAUCAGUCACCACGGAGUGAAAGUAAUGACCUAGUAGCUCAUUCCACUCCUUCCUUUGUUGUCCCUCUCUUUCCUCUUACUCACCUCGGGUAUGUCCUCCUUCCCCGUUUUACUAUUUUACUUUUCAGACACAAGAAAAAAAAUAAUGGUACUUUUUAGGGCUUUCAGUGAAAGCCAGGAUAAACGAAUCUGCAUAAUUAUCCGUAAGGCUCAUCUCAUCGCUGCGUACGGGGGACUGAGUGGAGUCCCCUAAAGCACUGGAGACAGAAUAGCCAAAGUGUUUAAUGAAAAUUAACAUUUUAUAUAAAAAUCCAAACUCUCCAUGUUAGGCCAUUAUUAAAUUAAUGAAAGAGACUGAAAUGGGAAAUGCUUAAUCUCUUAAAAGCCUAUCUAGAGAUUUGUUUACUUAAUGUAUCAUUUCCUGACUUUCAACAGUCUGGUUUAAACAGUCUGGUUUAUUUUCAUUGUUUGGAAGAAGCUAAAUCAAAAAUGUUUUCCCUAUAAUUUCCUGAUUGGUAAAAAGUGGCCGUGUGGAAUAACGCAAAUGUAAAGCAAGCUAUUCUGAUUUUCUGGAUCACGCGGUGUCAUCAUUAAAUUGUUACAAUUUAAAUGAACAACUCAACCUCUUCAUGGAAAGGGAAGAUUCCUAUUGAAGCUUUUCUGUCUUUUGAAUCAAAUCACACAUGCUGCCAAACCUAACUUGGUGUCAGCCAGUCGAAGUGAAUAGGCUGAUUCCAAAUGUUCACACGGGUGUGUGAAUAUUUCUUAACAUAAAAGCAGUCUUUAGAGAGUUGAAUUAUUUGUUCUGAACUCUUUCAUCUCUUGUAAUGCCACUGUUGUCUGCUCAGAUGUGAUGCAGCUGUUUAUUCUCAUCACUCGAACCCCCUCACUUCCCUAAAGACUAACCCUGCUAAGACAUGUAAUCACCAGUUUUGCGAAGAUUGAGAAGAUGAAGCUUUGUUUUCCGCUCCUUACUGUAACAUUAUUGUGGUUUUUAGGAAAUCCUGGUAGUUUUAUACCAAAGAAACCGAUCAUUGUGAGCCAUAAAGCCGUGUGUGACAGAGCUCCUGGAUGAGUCGAUUCUGGUUUUCCACAUAUCGGAUCACUACGAUGUGAUGAGGAAACACUCACCGUUUUUCUUGCUUUCUUCCUUUUUGUUGUUUUUCUGAAAUGGUCCCUACACGGGCUGCGGGAUAGCUCAAUGAUUUUGUUUACACAAACAUCAGCUGCAGUGAGGAGAAGAGGAGAUACAUGGCCUCCAUUUGGCUUCCAUGACGCCUCACCUAUCUACGACGUGCCUAUGGUUCAAAAUGAAGCAAUCAUAAUUUAAUUCAUGUUAUUAAUUAUAUUUUAAGAGAGAAAUAUAUUGUUUCAUUUGAAUUUUUUGUAACUUUUUACUUUUAAUGUUGGUUUCUUUUUGAAAUGAUGCUUGAUUUGAGGCUGACUAAUUUGAAUGUACAUAUCUGUGAAUAUUAAUUGCACAGGAAAAAGACUUUGAUAUCGACCCCUUAAAAAAAAAAAAACUUUAAGAGGCACUAACAGUUGGACACUUUGAAUCUCAUUUUGUAUGCAUGGCACUCUGAUGGUAAAACGAAACAACUGCUUGAGUUGAAAUCGGAUCCAUUUCUAAUAAAAUCCGAAAUGACUUCAACGC